AUGUUGAAAAAUACUUUUAUUUCUCGUGCCUCAGAUGGACUUAUACUUUGUGAGACCUAUGAUAGCGUCACUGAUACUCAAGUUGAAAGAUUGAAAUAGAAGUCUAAGGAGCUGAUGAAGAAGAUAGGAAACGUAAAUCAGCUUAGCACGGCAAACAUUGAUGAUCACUGCUUCCAUACUAUGGUUUAAGAUGGAAUAGUAUACUUGGUGAUAGCAGAGAAGAAUUAUCCUUAGAAGUUGGCAUUUUUAUAUUUAUCAGAGAUAAAUGACGCGUUUUAAGAUGAGUUGAGGAAUACUUAUGGAACAAGUGGAGUUGAUUAUAACUCCAAAAUUGAAACCAUUGAAAAUUCUUACUCCUUCUUGAAGUUCGAGAAGGUAAUUGCUAAGAAGAGGAAAGACUUUAGAGAUUCAAAUGCAACUGAGAAUAUAAAUAAGUUAAAUUAAGAGCUACUUGAUGUCAGCAAAAUUAUGAGUGAAAACUUUGAGAUGAUUUUAAACAGAGGAGGUAACUUAGGCAAGAUAAGCCAGAUGUCUACUGAACUAAAAGAUAGUUCGAGCAAGGUAAAUUAACCUCAUUUUAAUGCUUGA